UUCUCUGGUGCCGUUAACUUCUACACUGCUCAAAGCCUCAAAACCCUAACGCCAAUCUCUCUCUCUCUCUCUCUCUCUGUCGCUCGAUCUUUCUUCAUCGAUCUUUCGUUGAACGAAUUGAUGGACACAUCUGUGUUAUCGACAGUAGCAGAUACAGCAUAGCUUGUUUUUCUUUCGGUGAAGUGUGAGUUCUUGGGAUACGGUUCAACUCAAGGCAAACGACAAUGUCUGGCAGAGGAGGAAGGGAGUCAAGGGAGUCAAGGGAUUCAAGGGACAGAUAUCGCCGAGAUUACCCUUCAAGAUCUGAAGAGAAGAGCCGCCAUGGGCGAAACAAUGCUCCCCCUUCAAGGCAUAUUUGGGUUGGAAAUCUGCCUCACAGUAUAUCUGAGAGCACAUUAGAAGAUCACUUCUCACAAUUUGGGGAGCUUGAGAGCCUUGCUUGUCAACCAGGCCGCAGCUAUGCCUUCAUUAAUUUUAAAAAUGAGGAAGGGGCUUUUGCAGCAAUGAGAGAACUUCAAGGUUUUGCCAUCUCUGGGAAUCCACUUAGAAUUGAGUUUGCAAAGGCGGAAAAGUCAUCAACACCUUCACGUGAUGAUGAUUACUUGCAUCACCGGGAUGAGCGUUCUGCGGUAAGAGGAUCUCCUUUCUCACAUAGAGAUCCUAGAAUGCGUCAACCUAGUCCGGACCCUUAUUAUCCUGAAAAUUCCAAGAUGAGUGACAAAAAUGCAGAACGGCCAAGUGAGGUCUUAUGGGUUGGGUUUCCAGCAUUGUUGAAGGUAGAUGAAGUAAUUUUAAGGAAGGCCUUUUCACCAUUUGGUGAUAUUGAGAAGAUUACUUCCUUCCCGGGUCGUAGUUAUGCAUUUGUUCGCUUCAAAAAUUUGGGGGCAGCCUGCAGGGCAAAAGAAACCCUCCAAGGGAAAUUAUUUGGUAAUCCUCGAGUACAUAUUUGUUUUGCAAAGAGUGAUUCUGGCUCAUCCAACAGUGGAAGAAACUCACUGAAUGCCCCUUCCUCCCCACGUUACAAGUCAUAUGGCCAUGCUCGAUCAUCUGAGAACUUACGGCAGGAGCGAGAUUAUGGGAGCUUUGCUGGAGAACCAGCCAUGAAGUCUCAUUUUAUAUCUGAUAUGGAGUCUGGGGAUCCUGAUGUGAAUUUUGGCCGGAAGGGCAGUUUGAGGACAAGUGUGGGUGGUGCAUUUGAACAGAGGAGGUUCCAGGAUCUUGAGCCUGAGCUAGGGCUACCUGACCAUAUGUAUGAACGUUGCAGUAGUCCUACAAGAGACAGAAGUGCUCACUUCCGUGAUUUCUCUCCUCAGCAGUUCCCCCGAAAAGGACCAUUUUAUGAUGAUUCUUGGGAUUUGCCAGAAGAAGCCUUGCUCUUUCAUGGAGCUAAGAAGCUAAAAACUGGCUCCUUACCCCCUGAUGAUGAACUUCCAGAAUAUCCUUUGUCUGGUCCAGAUCAAGGAAAACAUGUUUUCCCUAGGAUGUUCUCUGAUUUUCCUCAGUCUGAGGCUCCUGAUAAAAGUUUUGAGUCUGGACCUUAUGGGUACAAACAAAUUCCUGAUCAUGCAAUGAAUUUAAUCCAACCAUAUAGGGAACGGAGUGAACAAUGGAAUGCAUCUCAUGAUAGCUUCCAGGCCGGAUCAACUGGUUCAUUGCCUCCAAAUCCUGUUGAUUGGAAAAGAUUAACUCCCGAAUCACAACAGCCUUCUUUAAGUAAAGAGUGGAAAUGGGAAGGGACAAUAGCAAAGGGAGGCACUCCCAUCUGUCGAGCUCGCUGUUUUCCUGUGGGCAAAGUAAUCGACAUGUUGUUGCCUGAAUUCAUAGAUUGCACUGCGAGGACUGGUUUAGACAUGCUUGCGAAGCAUUACUAUCAAGCUUCUGGUGCCUGGGUGGUGUUCUUUGUUCCAGAAAGUGAUGCUGACAUGGCAUUUUACAAUGAAUUUAUGCAUUAUCUGGAGGAAAAGCAGCGAGCAGCAGUCGCUAAGUUGGAUGAAAGAACUACCUUGUUUCUUGUACCCCCUUCAGAAUUCUCAGAGAAAGUACUUAAGGUUCCAGGGAAGUUGAGCAUUUCCGGUGUCAUUCUAAGGUUAGAUAAUCCUGGUGCCAAUGUGGAUUCUUCUUUUCCCCAUCCCCACGACAUAAACGAUACUAAGGUCAUGCCCUAUCACGGCGAUACGUCAUAUCCAAAACCAGCUUCACCUUCGGGACCUUAUCCCUCAGUGCCGUCUUUCCCCAAUCUGGGAAAGUCUGCGGUGAAUUUAUCUUAUCAAGGAAAUUUGGCAGCGGCAUCACCUGCAUCCCUUUCAGGCUCUGCUCAUGCUUCUGCAGGCAUGCCUGAGACCAGCAAUGAGAACAGGUUCGAUUAUAUGCUUAAUCAGCGAAACCAGGGUGUUGCACCAAACUGGAUUCCUCAGCAUCUGCAGAACUCAAAUUCCGGUGCUAGAAAUAUGGCACUACAAGCGUCCAAUGCAGCCGCUGAUCCUGCUGUGGUGGAGGGAUAUAACGCGGGCAUGCCUAGGACUCUGCAUGAAACGAGUAGCUACAGUACUGGAGUAUCAGGUUUCCCGUUAGCUGGGAGCAGCAAGUUACCCCAUCAGGAGCCCAAGCCUCCAGGUCCUUCAUCUAUGCCUGUCUCAGCCCUUCAAUCGGAACAGCUUGCACAAUUGGCAUCGUCGCUUCUUGGGCACGCGGCGCAGACAGGGAAAGAUUUUAGGCCACCGAGCACCACGAAUCAUUCUGAAAGCUCUUACAGGGCUGCUGCUCAGAACUAUGGUUUCCCGAAUAACCAGGUGCAUUCUGAGCCUCCGUCACCUCAGUUUGGUCAAGUGCAGCUGCAGCAGCCGGGAUCUAAUAAUGUGCCUCAAAGAGAGUUUCAGACAGCUCCUCAGGGGAACACGCAGCUUCAAAGCUCUGGCGCGCAAGAUGACGAGGCGGAUCCCCAGAAACGCCUGCAGGCAACGCUACAGCUGGCCGCGGCUCUGCUUCAGCAAAUCCAACAGGGGAAAGGGAAUUAAGGAAAAGCUAGAAAGGUGAUGAAAUAUGAUUAUGAAAUGUAACUUGGUUUGUUUUAUUUUAGUGACCUGUUAUCUGAAACACCAAGUUUUACCAUUUGGAUUUAGAGAUCGCUGUUUAUAGAACAGAGACGCAAGUCCUUCCUUCCUUCCUUCCUUCCUGCUGUUCUCUUGCAUGUUCUUCAUUACCAUAUCUGGCUA